AUGGCCGACACGGCAGUCUCCUCCAGCCCCAGGGAGCUGGCUCAGGCCCCCUCUGAGGACCCCCUGGACCGGCCCGACUUCGACGUCACCGCCUAUAUAAACCGCCUGUUUCCCACGGAGGAGUCCCUGUCCGGGCUGGACCCCCUGGUGGCCUCCCUCCAGCAUCGCAUCUCCCGCGUGGACGCCGGCAUCCUGGCCAGCGUGCGCCAGCAGAGCCGCGUGGGGGGGCGCGCGCGCGCCGAUCUGGCCGCCGCCCGCGCCGACGUGGCGGCCCUCUGCGCCCGCGUCGCUGCCAUUCGCUCCCAGGCCGCGGCCAGCGAGGCCCUGGUGCAGCACAUCUGCCGCGACAUCCGGCGCCUGGACGCCGCCAAACGCCACCUCACCGCCACCAUCUCCUCCCUGCGCCGCCUGGGCAUGCUCAUGGCCGCGCUGGAUGCGCUGCAGGCCGCCGUCGAGCGCGGCGACUAUGCCGAGGCGGGGAACCUGCUGGAGGCGGUGCAGGCGCUGGCCGCGCAUUUUGCCGCCUACGCCCACCGACUGCGCGCCUGCUGCGGCCUGGUCGCCGCCCUGGGCUACCAGGUCCGGGACGAGCUGAUCGACGCGGUGUGCCGGCGCGAGACCGGGGUGUACACCCAGAUCUUCGGCAUCACGGGCGAGACCGCGCGCCUGGAGCGCACCGUCAACCGCUACAAGUGGCUGCUCAAGCGCCUGGAUGCGAGGCGCGAGGUGUGGGCCGUCUUCCCCCCGGCCUGGCAUGUCACGCAGCUGCUCUGCGUCAUGUUCUGCAACAUUACCAAGACCGCGCUGGCCGAGAUCCUGGACCUCAAGGCGGUGGGCGUGGAGCUGGGCAGGGCGCAGUCCGUGCUCAAGGUGGUGGGCGCGCCGCGCGAGGCCCUGGUGGACACCUUCUUCGAGCUCAUGCCCGAGGCCUUGCCCUCAGAGUUUCAGCGCAUCGUGGACCUCAAGGGUCUGCGCCGCACCGAGCUGCAGUCGGUGCUGGAGGAGUUCAACCGGCGGCUGGGCCGGGCGCAUUUCCCAGCGCCGACGGAGGAGGCCGCCGCGUCCGCCUCUGUCCCCGCCGACAACGACGGUGUCCUGGGCAUCGCGCGCCGCACCAUCACCUUUGGCCAGCUGGGCGCUGGCGAGCGCGGCGGGGGGGCCACCCCGGGCCGAACCGCGCAGGAGAUGGCCGCACGAUUCAAGUGA